AUGUCUCGUUCAACUCCUCCUAAAGCAAGUCCUAGAUUCUCUGAUGAUCUAGAAGAUGAAUAUACUGAAGAAGAUGAAUAUAGUAGUUCUUCUGAUUAUACUUCAUCAACAGAUGAUGAUGAAAAAGAAAUGGAAACAUCAGAACUUCUUGAGUCAUGGAGUGAAGCAAUGAAAAAACUAAAAUUUAUGGUUGAACUAUACUCUAAAGAAAAAGAAGAAAACACUAAAUUAACAGAACAUAUUAAUAAAAUGGCUACUGCUAUUAAUGAAAUGAAGGUAGAAAUUGCUUCAUUAGCACAAAGUCAAACAAAAGCAAUAAAUGAUUUAAUGAUGGAAAAAAAAAGCCAUGCAGCAACAUUAAAAAAAUUAGAAAUGUGUGAAACACAUGAAAAUGAAAAACCUUUUAAUGGAACAUUAAGAUGUAAUUGUGAAAUCGUAAUUUCUAAUGGAGAAGUUGAAAAUAUUAUCAUUGUUAAAGAUGAUGAAAAAAGAUGGAAAGAAAUAGAAAUUCAAAAAGAAUAUCUAAUGAAAAGAGUUGUUGAAUUAACACAACAAAAUGCUCUUAUUAAUGAAGAAUAUGAAGACCUUAAAAUUAAUUUUGAUAUGAAAAAAAAUAAUAUGGAAAAUGAACUUAAUAACAUUCAACAAUCCGCUAGAGAAAGAGAAGUUAGUUUAGUUAAUAAUCAAGAAAUGUAUAAGUCUGUUGCUCUUCAAUUUUUAACUCGUGAACUCCCUUUAUUUAAAAAAAAUAUUGAAUCUAUUGAUAUUAUUCAAAAAGAUAUCAAAUUAAAAACAGAAUUUGCAUCAUUUAUUAUGAAUAGAUAUGGUAUUAAUGUAACUGAUGUCUUAAAUGGUGAAAAAAGUAUUACUAAAAUUCAAAUGAUUCCUCUUAAAUUCCGUAAACAAAAAAGUUCUGUUACUCGUCAAAAAACAAUUAAAUUAGCUCGAAUGAAUACUUCAUUAUCAAGAAAUGGAACAAUUGAUUUAUCUUCAAUUGCUGAUGAAGAUAUGAUUGAUGAUAAUAAUGUUACUCCUGUUAAAGUUUCACAAGUUUCAAAAUUAAAUGUUACGAAUAAUUGUACUAAUGAAGAACAACAACCUUCUAUAAUUGCUCCAAUUAAACCUCAAAAAGAUAAAACUUCUAUAUUAAAGAGUCCUUCAUUAGCACGAACAAACACUGGAAUUCUUCCAAAAGAAACAACAAAAAAAUUAAGAGCAAGUUGUUCACCAAAAGAAAAGGCUGAACUUAAAUCAAUUCAAAAAUUAUUGACUCGUUCAACAAUUUCAUUAGAGACAGCCACAAAUGAAUAA